CCCCCCGCCACAUCGGGCCCCUCCACCAACAACCAGCCUCCCAGUCUACUACGUCUGUACGGAUCCAAUACGUCUGAGUACUCCGUACAGAUACCUUACCUCGAGAAAGCUGUGGUGUCUACUCCGUCCACCCUCAAAUCGCCAAGCUCAGUGUGCCACUUGCACGACUCCAUUCGCAACCCACCACUCAUCCCAGAGCAUCCCUGGCCCGAUUUGACCGAGCGAGCCUCGCGUGUUGCUGCUUCCGUUGCGACCACUGCUGCUGCUUAUGCUUGUCUUGGGAAAAUCGAUGCAGAAGCGAGAAUAAGCUGCAUCAGCCCAGCUGCACCCACUCAGAACCUAGGUGCCCUAUUUAGCUGCUUCACCUUGCUGAGGUACACAAGUCGUGCGACCUUGUGGCCUGGGCUGAGAGGUCUUGUUUCUGCUGGUCACUGCUCUCGAUUCUUCUUCUUUUCCGCCCCCCAUUUUCGCACUCUCUCCAACAACCGCCCGCCGGUCACAUCUCCAGACUCCGGAACAGGGCGCCGCUUUCUACAACCCCUCCGACCUGACUUUGCGCCAACUCCCAUCAACGCCCAUCUCGACGCUGGAACGCGCACUGCUAGCAGUACUCCCCACAGCGCCCGACCCGACGAAGCCAAACCCCAGGCUACCGGCCAACUGCGAUCCGUUCAUGAAGCACGACUGCCGCCCACCGACACACAUGAGAACCUCACCUCUAUCAUCCGCCCAACGCCAUUACCACUUUCACGCCGACGAGAGACGCAUUCUGGAUACUCUGGCGAUCCAGCCAGUAUGGCCGCCUUCGUGAGGGUUUCUGGUCCGCCCAACAGCAGCUUUCUGGUCGGCUACCCGGGCAUUUCUGCGACGCUACCCCGAAUCGAAGGCAAAGUCGAGAUCCGUCCAUCACAGGGCUAUUCCAUGCCCGUUUCCGUUUCGCUGGUGCGCAUUUGUCUACAGCGGAGAGAAACAAUACACCCCGCCGCCGAGAAUGUUGCGAAGAGGCACCUGGGAACCCCGAGAAGGGAAACGACGGACGUAGUCGGCAAAGAGCUUCUGCUGUUCAGAUGUCAAUCAGGAAAGGAUGCUGAGAGCGUCAUUGCGAUGGAUCUGCCGUUCGUCCUGUUCAUCCCGUUUGGAAGAGGUGGCGAAGAAACGAACCGACGAAUACCCCCGGCAUCAUUGCAACUCCCCAGCCGAACGGCCGAGACGUACUACGAGCUUGUUGUUACCGUGCAACAAGGACACACCCUACAGAACAAAUACUCCUUUCCUAUACCACUCCAGCGAUACGACACUUUGUCAACCUUCGGCAUGUACAACAAGCCAGAGUCGAGGCAAGUCAGCGACGCAAGCGUUGUCACACUGGGCAUCUCGGUCCCCAAAUGGAGCUACGGCCCGCUAGACCCGAUAACAGUCUAUAUAAAACUAGUACCCAAUCCCGACUGGAUGAAGAAAGCGUUGAAGGUUACGAUUCAGAAGAUCACCGUCACCAUCGAGGAGGAGAUCACGUACAACCCAGAAGGCGACGAGCCUACGAAAAAGGUCAACAAAGUUGCCAAGAACACGCAGUUGGUCAAUACGAAAAUGCCCGAGGCUGGAUAUGCAACAAAUUUGGGCUUAGUGUUUCCCUCCAAGGACUUGCGCGAUCCGGACGGCAUCAUUCGCAGAGGAAAACCGGCGUUUCCGCUCUAUGAAGUUACUUCGUUCACGACGAGCUCAACCUUGUACAAGAUUGAGUUUUAUUUGACGGUCAAGGCGCAGCUAGGAUCGACCAGAGAUUUGACCGUCAGGCAGCCGCUGGUUAUUUGUCCAAUGGACCAGCAAGCGUGUAAAGAGGAAAUGGACGCCAUCGAACAGGCUGCAAAGGACGCCUCGCAUGUCGACCCGAACAACCCUAUGCUCCCUGCCCGGGCGAUUGUUUUAGCGAACGACCGAGAGUCUCUCAAAACGUUGGGAUUAUGUCUGGUGGGAGGGCAGAAGAAACCGCUGAUUGAAUGA